AAAAAAAGAUUUGCAACAAAAAUUGAAGGCAAAAGGUGGUUUUAAUAGGUUGGUUAACAUUUUAAAUAAAAAUGAAGAAAUUAUCAAAUUGAAGAAUCAAGUAUAUGAACGGAAAAAAUCACCAUCAUCAAAAUAUUUAAGUAUACAACAAUAUUUGGACCAAUUAUAUCCAACCGAGGAAAAUAAAAGAAGAGUAGAAGAGAUUGCAAUUGAUUUUUAUGAAAAUCCUAUUGAAGGCAUUGUCGGAGGGAAAUUGAAUUUACAAAAAUAUCCUAAUUUAAAGAGACUGAUAAUUGAUGGUGAAUAUUUGAAAAGCAAAUUGACUGAGUUGAAUGUGAGUGGUUGUUCUAAUUUGGAAUUAUUGCAUUGUAUAGAAAAUAAGUUGAUUUCCUUGAAAUUAAUGAAUAACAAAAACCUAAAAAAAAUAACCCUAGCUUAUAAUCAUUUAAAUGCCAUUAGUUUUUUAAAAAAUAUUCCUUAUCCUCGAAAGCUUGUUCAUUUGGAUAUUUCCAACAAUAAUAUCCAAAAUAAUGGCUUAGAGUUUUUGAAAGAUUUUGUAAACUUAGAGGUUCUAUCUUUAGGGAAUUAUAAUGAAAAUUUUUCCAAUAACUUUACAGGUUCAUUUGUAUCUUUGAAAAAAUUAACUAAAUUAAAGGAAUUACAUAUUAAAGAUUCUGGUAUUAUAGGGAUAGAUGGGUAUGUUAAUCCAGCAAAGGUGAAAAUAGGAUAAUAUGAUGCUGUUUUUCUACUCCUGUAUGUAGUAUUGGUGAUUUUUUUAUACCUUUUUUUAUAUUUUUUUUUCGAGGCGACAAUCAUGUCAUAAAGUCAUAAUGGUUGUUAGGGAGGUGCUAUAUAGAUAAUCUAGGUUAUUGUAAUAGUUUCACAUUUUAUUUUUUUAUAAAGAGCAGAAAAACGAUUAAUGAUAGCAUUCAGGAUCAAGUGAAAGUUCAAAUUAUUAACUAAAUCCUUUUUUUUAAAAGAUAGUGAGUUAAGGAAGUUGAUAAUAUUAUAGUUUGAUUUUUUUAUUUUUUAUUUAUUUUGAUAUGCUGUAUAUUUAUUUAUUAGAACUCUAUUGUCUGUUAUCAUAUAUAGCGAUAGUAACCAAUUUUCUUUUUA